UGCUUAGGUGUACCUAAUCUAUAGCUACCUCACAUUGCAACUCGAAUGUUGUAACUUACAUCCCACCCAAAAACCAACAAAUUUCAUAUUAAAAAACAACCGUCAAAAGUGAGGCUGCAUGCAGAAGCUCAGCCUGGUCGAUUAUUUUCUGCCUAUCAAAUAUUCCCUUAACUCUUGAGGCGCGAACCUUCUAAACUGUUACUCACUGCCACAUUUAAGAGGGCGGUCUAGGGUUGAGGGUUCAUGCACUCCAAAAUCUACACCGACCGUAUGAUAUCGUACAUGACAUGACAUGACAUCUAAACAGUCAUCCGAGGAGAAUUAAAAUAUUAAGUUUAAGACUCGAAAAAGAGAGACAGAAGGAUAAGCUAUGGAUGACCAAAAUGUGCCCAAAACUGAGGAUGGCGAGACGCCUUCUCAAGAGAUAGACUUCGUCACCUUAGGAAUGUUUAUUAUAGAUGAAAUUGAAUACCAGCCGCCGCAACCCCCGGUAAGAGACAUCCUCGGCGGCGCCGGCACCUACUCCGCCCUAGGGGCACGGUUGUUCUCACCGCCACCGCUCUCAAACUCCGUAGGUUGGAUCAUCGACAAAGGUUCCGACUUCCCGGAAGCGCUAGAAGACCUCAUAUCCACCUGGGAGACCUCCGUGCUGAUCAGGCCUACGCCCGAGCGUCUUACUACCCGCGGUUGGAAUGGCUAUGACGAGCAUCAGAACCGUGCUUUCCGCUAUAUGACCCCCAAGAAGCGUCUGACCGCCGAGGAUCUAACCCCAACUCUACUCGCCUCCCGCUCCUUUCAUCUCAUCUGCUCGCCGACCCGGUGCCGUGAGCUCGUGACCGAAAUCCGCGCUAGGCGGAGCGGUCUGACCAGCGCAGAUGGUGGCCCAUUACCCAGGCCUAUCUUCAUCUGGGAGCCCGUACCGGAUCUGUGUACUCCGGACGAGCUGCUAAAUUGUACUAAUACCCUCCCUCUUAUCGACGUUAUUAGCCCAAACCACUCUGAGCUAGCCGGUUUCAUGGGCGACUCGGGGCUAGACCCGGACACGGGUGAGAUCAGCACGAAAGCCAUCGAGCGGGCCUGCGAGCAGCUGCUAGGUUCUAUGCCGCUGCAGUCCUUCGCCAUCGUAGUCCGCGCCGGCGAGAAGGGUUGUUACCUAGCGCGGAACGGCGGGCGAAAGCGCAAAGUACCCGGCAAGCAGCCGAAGCGCAAGAAGCCUUCCGCCUUGCUACAUGGCGGCUUACAACCGGACACGGAUAUGGAAGCGCUAUUCGCAGGGCUCCUGCAGGACCCUGAGGGCAUGGUCUCCCGCGAGGAGAUCGAAGUCGACCCAGGUGUAGAGCGCUGGCUCCCCGCAUACCAUACCGGCUCGCCCGACCGCGUCGUCGACCCUACAGGUGGCGGAAAUACCUUCCUCGGCGCCCUAGCCGUCGCCUUGGCAAGGGGGAAGAGCCUCGAAGAGGCAGCCGCAUGGGGCAGCGUCGCAGCUAGCUUUGCCAUCGAGCAAGUCGGCACACCAACGCUAGGCAAAAUCAAAGACAGGAACGAGGACGGAAAACAAGGCGGCGAAACCUGGAACGGAGUCCGUGUCGACGAUAGGUUCGAAGAAUUCAAGGAUAGGCUGGCUUUUACUAGCUAACUAGCGUGACGAAAUACCAAAAAAAGAAAACCGGAAGGAGAGGAAAAGAGAGAGUGCAUGGAUGUAUAGAUGGGUGGGUACCUAAGGUUAGAUGAAUUCAAGGAUAUGAUAUUUAUCUUGCGGAGACGCGGAGGGUAAUAAAAAAACGAGAGCGGGUGCGGCUUGGUAUAGAUCAUCAGUCAAUUAAUCAAUCACGUCAGGGGGCCUGGUAACGGGGACGGUGGUUUUUUUUUCUUCUUUUUUUCUGGUUACGGCUUUUUACCUGUCUAGAGUGGCGACGAAUUCUUAUACUACCAGGUUGAUUAGACUAGAAAUGAGUACCUAUACAAUAUUCUAAGCAUUUGAACCUUUUAGCAUAGUCGUGUUAACCUUUUAGCAUAGUCGUGUUAAAAGUCGAUGGCCGAGUUAUCAGACAAAACAUUUA